UCCUUCCAGAUCUUUUUCAAUAGCACCCAGCUCAGGAACAAUUUGUUAAAAAUACACAGAACUUCUUCCAGGCCCACCUGAAGUCCUGAGUAGCAGGGAUCCCUGUGAGCCACCAUACCUUGCUCCUUGGCUCCCUUUCCCCUCACAUCUUGACGGUAGGGCUGAGGGGUGAUCCUGGGCCACGAGAGCCGUGGGGUGAGGACAGGGUGCAGAGAAGGAGGCCUUCCCCCUCAGUUCAGAGGAGGUGGGAUGUAAAGGACAGGGGGCUCUAGCACACCACUGCCAUUGGGACUUGGUUCCCCUGGGACCUGAAAACAAGUUGUGUCCUGGGGAAACAGAAGGUUGGAGACCCAAGUCUCCCUUCUGACCAGAGAGAAGAGACGGCCUCUCCAGACUCCAGAAUCUACAGAGAAAGACCUGGUGUCCAGCCAACCAGAAAGACAAAGCCAGGAGCCCGGCACUGUGCUCAUGGCAUUCCCUACAUAGUCUUACUUAGCCCUCACUACCCCAUAAGGAGUCUCAGAGGGAUUAUGGUCCUUAAACUAAUUCAUGGCAAAGUCAAGAUUCUAGUUCUGAUCUCUCCAAAUCCAAAGCUGGUUCCUUUUUCCCUAAGCAGUACUGCCCCCUCCCAGCCCUUUUGGUACCCACUCUACUGGAAGAAGAGGUGGUGCUGGUUAGAGGUUUAGGGGCUGGACCUGCGUGAGGCUGAGGGCCUGGAGUUAGGGGUGAUCUCCACUUUUACCCUGGCUUUCAGGGGAAGGCAUUCCCCCCUCAGGAGGACACAACAGACAAGCUGUGUAGUUCUUUCCAGCUGAGAAUAACCCUGGGGCCAGGACCAUGGAUUCUGUAAGAAGCAAAACAAAAGCUGCAGCCAAGUGGCCAGGAGCCUUGGCCAGGAGGGGUUAGAGUCCUUUAUUCUCUCAGGAUCUCAAAGCCUGCAAUUGAGAUCAUUCCCAGUCCCGAGCCUUGGGUCUCCUUUCCCUGGGAAGACAUUCCUUACACCCCCACUCAAGAGAGACAGGAAAUCUUCCUCCCUUUCCUGAGUGCAAAACAGAAUCCAAGACAGUGGCGAGGGCUCGUUACGGGAGCCCAAGACUUAGACAGAUGGCCUGGCCUCUCAACUGAGCCCCCAAGACAGCCAGCCAAGCAGCCUGGCAUUGACAUUCUGCUGUUAAACAGGAGGGAGAGAGAAAGGACUUAAAGGGUUGCCUUGCCACAGGCCUCCAGCCUUUCAGGCAGGAGAACCAAGGUGUGUGGGCGGGGGGUACUCCCUGCUCCCACAGUACCACCAGCAAACAGAGAAUCUGGUACCUGAAACUGAUUUUGGGCCUCUUGGACACAAAGAGCCUCUUCUGCAUAAUUUACGGACCACUCUGUCCCCAUACCCAAUCUGAAGCAGAGUUCUGCACAGUGAGCAUUUGAUAAAUAUGGUUGACAGAAUGACUGACAGAUCCACCCGCUCCCGUCACAUCCCAGCCCUUCCCCCAUGCUCUGCAUAAUUGAUGGCCAGGGAGACAGUUCCCUCCCCCAGGGUGACCGAGUGUCUGGGCCAGGGGCUCCUGGCCAUGAUAUCCCCCUCCAAAGCCUCGGCGCCAGGGCCCAGCUGGGGGGCAGUGGGACACAGCUGGCAGGUCAGAGAUAAAGGGCACAGAGAGAGGGUGUGUGUGGGAGAGAGGAAUCUCUCCUUCACUAGAAUUCCCUGGGGCCUCAGCUGGCCACCUCCACUGCCCUCACCACACACACGCACACUCACUCCUUCAGGUCAAUCUGCAAGAGCUGUCAGUAGCCUGAGAACGGGGAAAGGGUGGGUUGAGCCUGGCUGGGUUCUCUCCCUUUUCUUUGGUCCCAUCCACUACUUCCUCAGCUUCUUCCACUGCCCGAAAAGACAAACAGGUGAAAUGGCUUCUCUCUCCCCAGCUGCCGGCCCUGGAUACAGGAGGGGGCCCCAGGGGAGGCCUGGGCAGGUGGAGGGAAGAUCGGCUUCAAGUGUCGUGGAGCGUGUCACCCUCUCUAUGCCUAAACCUCCUGGUUGCCAAACACCAGAUGAAGGCUGAAAAUUUCCUUUACAAAGCCAGAUGUUGUACCUACUCAGAACUCAGCUUCUCAAUAGGAAAGGAAUCGGGGAGGGCACAGAUCUCCUGUUUUUCAAUCCCCUUUCAUUCAGCUCCUUUUUCCGUGUCCUUUGCCUCCCAAAUCAGUUUUUCAGCCCAUCCUUCUUAGGACUGCCUCUCCCUGCGUUUCACGCUCUUCUUGUUUCUCAGCGAGACAGGCCCUCCUUUUCUGGUCUGCCUUUCGCCCUUUCUCCUGUCCAGUCUCCCCGUUUUCCCAUUUCCUGCUUUCUCUAUGGCACCGCACCCCCAAUGCCAACCCAAGUCCCCUCUCCACCACCACAGCUCUCCCUCCGCUGCACUCGGGGACGGGGGUGAACAUGCGGAAGACGGGACGCAGAAGCGGUGGGUGGCUGGGGUCGGUGGUCCCGGCCUGCAAGCCCGCAAACCAGCACGUGGGCCAGCCCAGGUCAGGGGCGGGGCCCUGGCGCGGCCCCACCCCCGCGGUCGCCGCUCACGUGACUCCGGGCUAAUCUUGUCCCGGUGACUUCACGCGCCGCCUCGGGUCCAGUCGUCAUGGUUACGCCGCAGCGCCCAGCGCUUCCCCCAACCCGCUGCGUCCCUUCCCGGACCCCCUCCUCUCACGGCCGGGCCCCCGCCCCGCCCCCAGCUCCGCUCCACGUGACGGCCAGGAAGGAGGUCGGGAAGGGGGAGGGGGCGCUGGGGCCGUAACCCCUUCCUCUCCACUGCGAACCACCCUCGCUCUGGCUUCUAGCUGUCUGAGCGCCCCAGUCCCGCCAGCCCUCCCUGCAGACCCGCCUGGGCGGAGUGUCGGGAGCCCCAGCCUUCGUUCUCAGCGGCCCCAAAAGGGCGGCCAGCUUGAGAGGGCACAGGCAAGAGCCCCCGGGUCCUCCAGCGGACGUUCUCCAGCGAAUUGACACGUUGCUUGGCCUGUCGUUUGUCUUACUGUGUGCAUCUCACUUCUUGAAGCCGCCGUUAUCUCGCAGGAUAUUUUGGGGGUCCGGAGGCUGGGAUUUCAUCUUUCUGAGCCUCGGUUGUCUCAAGAGUGUAAAGAGACCUAUAAUAAUACCUCCUUCCCUGGAGAGUUCUGAGGAGUGAGGGAGCUAAUGCUUGCGUGGUGUACAUGUGGUCCUUAGGACGACCCUCGGAUGCAUAGAGCAGUGGUUGCACCUAACCGGGCACCUUCAUGCGCCCUGGAUGCUGCUGGAAGCCCUGGGAUCCCGUGUGGCGUCGUCACUCUCAGUGCAGGCUCUCAGGACGCCCGACCACACUGUGCCUCCAGGAUCAUGGCCAUCAUGGGGGAAGCACAGCUGAGACGGGACGCUAACUCAGAGCCUGGGGGUGGGGGCACUUCCAGGAUGAAGUGAAACUUGGAGGACAACAGAUGGCGUGUGAGAAGCGCCUUCCUGACUGAGAACGACUGGGCACUGAGCUGGAGCCUCAUCCUAGCUGAAGUACUUUGGGCAGGUUAUUUAAGACCUCUAAUACCUCUGUCAAAUGAGAGUAACUUACACGCCUAACUCAAGAGAUUUUAGGAUUAAAUAAGCUAAUGGACCUAUAACAGGCUAAUGUGGGUGGUGUGAGCCUGGCCCAAACACCUGAUGAAGCCUGCGAACAGUCUCAGUUCAGUAGGCCUAGGGCCCACCGCUUACCACCACACUGGGGCCCAGAGGCCAUGGCCUGCCUCCAUGAGACCCGCACACCCUCCCCUUCCUUUGGGGGAUUCGUGUCCACCCUAAGCGAGGCAUCCAUGCGCAAGCUGGACCCAGACACUUCCGACUGCACCCCCGAGAAGGACCUGACGCCUACCCAGUGUGUACUCCGAGACGUAGUGCCACUUGGGGGUCAGGGCGGGGGCGGGCCCAGCCCCUCCCCAGGUGGAGAGCCGCCCCCUGAGCCUUUUGCCAACAGUGUCCUGCAACUCCACGAGCAGGAUGCAGGGGGCCCAGGGGGAGCCACUGGGUCCCCUGAGAGUCGGGCGUCCAGGGUCCGAGCGGAUGAGGUACGGCUUCAGUGCCAGAGCGGCAGCGGCUUCCUGGAGGGCCUCUUCGGCUGCCUGCGCCCUGUCUGGACCAUGAUCGGCAAAGCCUACUCCACGGAGCACAAGCAGCAGCAGGAAGACCUUUGGGAGGUCCCCUUUGAGGAAAUCCUGGACCUGCAGUGGGUGGGCUCAGGGGCCCAGGGCGCCGUCUUCCUGGGGCGCUUCCAUGGGGAGGAGGUGGCUGUGAAGAAGGUGCGGGACCUCAAGGAAACUGACAUCAAGCACCUACGAAAGCUGAAGCACCCAAACAUCAUCACCUUCAAGGGUGUGUGCACCCAGGCUCCCUGCUACUGCAUUCUCAUGGAGUUCUGCGCCCAGGGCCAGCUGUACGAGGUGCUGCGGGCCGGCCGCCCCGUCACGCCCUCCCUGCUGGUCGACUGGUCCAUGGGCAUCGCCGGUGGCAUGAACUACCUGCACCUGCACAAGAUCAUCCAUCGGGACCUCAAGUCCCCCAACAUGCUAAUCACCUACGACGAUGUGGUGAAGAUCUCCGAUUUUGGCACUUCCAAGGAGCUGAGUGACAAGAGCACCAAGAUGUCCUUUGCAGGGACAGUAGCCUGGAUGGCCCCUGAAGUGAUCCGCAACGAACCUGUGUCUGAGAAGGUUGACAUCUGGUCCUUUGGCGUAGUGCUGUGGGAGCUGCUGACUGGUGAGAUCCCCUACAAAGACGUAGAUUCCUCAGCCAUCAUCUGGGGUGUGGGAAGCAACAGUCUCCAUCUACCUGUGCCCUCCAGCUGCCCAGACGGCUUCAAAAUCCUGCUUCGCCAGUGCUGGAACAGCAAACCACGAAACCGCCCAUCAUUCCGACAGAUCCUGCUGCAUCUGGACAUUGCCUCAGCCGACGUACUCUCCACACCCCAGGAGACUUACUUUAAGUCCCAGGCAGAGUGGCGUGAAGAGGUAAAGCUGCAUUUUGAAAAAAUUAAGUCAGAAGGGACCUGUCUGCACCGCCUAGAAGAGGAGCUGGUGAUGCGGAGGAGGGAGGAGCUCAGACAUGCCCUGGACAUCAGGGAACACUAUGAGCGGAAGCUGGAGAGAGCCAACAACCUGUACAUGGAACUUAAUGCCCUUAUGUUGCAGCUGGAGCUGAAGGAACGGGAGCUACUCAGGAGGGAGCAAGCUUUAGAACGGCGGUGUCCAGGUCUGCUGAAGUCACACCCUUCCCGGGGCCUGCUGCACGGGAACACAAUGGAGAAGCUAAUCAAGAAGAGGAAUGUCCCACAGAAACUGUCACCCCACAGCAAAAGGCCAGAUAUCCUCAAGACUGAGUCUUUGCUACCCAAACUAGAUGCAGCCCUGAGUGGGGUGGGGCUUCCUGGGUGUGCUAAGGGCCCCCCCUCACCAGGACGGAGUCGCCGUGGCAAGACGCGUCACCGCAAGGCCAGCGCCAAGGGCAGCUGUGGGGACCUGCCUGGGCUUCGUGCAGCUGUGCCGCCCCAUGAACCUGGGGGACCAGGAAGCCCCGUGGGGCUAGGAGGGGGACCCUCAGCCUGGGAAGCCUGCCCUCCAGCCCUCCGUGGGCUCCACCAUGAUCUCCUGCUCCGAAAGAUGUCUUCAUCAUCGCCAGAUCUGCUGUCAGCAGCAUUGGGAGCCCGGGGCCGGGGGGCCACAGGGGGAGCUGGGGAUCCUGGCUCCCCACCUCCAGCCCGGGGAGACACGCCCCCAAGCGAGGGAUCAGCACCUGGCUCCACCAGCCCGGAUUCACCAGGGGGAGCCAAAGGGGAGCCGCCCCCACCAGUAGGACCUGGUGAUGGUGUAGGGCUGCUGGGAACUGGAAGGGAAGGGACGGCGGGACGGGGAAGCCGGGCUGGGUCCCAGCACUUGACCCCAGCCGCACUGCUGUACAGGGCUGCCGUCACCCGAAGCAGCCAGAAACGUGGCAUCUCAUCAGAGGAAGAGGAAGGAGAGGUGGACAGCGAAGUGGAACUGACCUCAAGCCAGAGGUGGCCUCAGGGCCUGAAAAUGCGCCAGUCACUAUCUACCUUCAGCUCAGAGAAUCCAUCGGAUGGGGAGGAAGGCACAGCUAGUGAGCCUUCCCCCAGUGGCACGCCUGAAGUUGGCAGUACCAACACGGAUGAGCGGCCAGAUGAACGGUCUGAUGACAUGUGCUCACAGGGCUCAGAAAUCCCACUGGACCCACCAGCUUCUGAGGUGGUUACUGGCCCAGAACCCAGCUCCUUGCCCGUCCCACACCACGACCUACUCAGAGGGGAGCAGGGCCCUCCCAAGGCUGAGGACUCAGACUGUGACAGCACUGACCUGGACCCCAGCAGUGGUGAAGCCUUGCGGCCCCCAGCCUCCCUCCCUCCAUGAAAGCCACCCUAUCCCUGUACAUAGAGAAAUAUUUAUAUAAGUAAUAUAUAUGCGCCACAUAAUCAAUAAAGACAGGGCUGUCCCAGCCUUAAGUUGGGCUCGAGGGAGACUGACCCCCUAACCAAGUCACCUGAUAACUCUAGGGACACUGGCAGCUGUGGAAAUGAAGGAUAAAUACUGCCCUAGAGACAUGGUUAAGGGCAAACUGGCCCCUUCCUGCUUCGCCCCCAUGAGUUCAGCCAGUGGUGAGGCAACAUGAAAGCCCAACUUGCCUAUGUUCCUUUACUUUUUCUGCCCAGACCCUAAGGAGCAGGCAAGGGAGCCAUGUAGACUGCACUUUUUUUGGUUUUGUUUACUCUGUUUACACAUUUUGCACUUGGGAGGAGGGAGGCUAAGGCGGGGUCCUCCCCUCUGAGGUUUCUCAGGUGGCAGUGUAAUUUCUUUGUCCCUCCAUUUCUCUGCCCAAGCCCUGGCUUAGGGCCUAGGGGAGGCCAGGAGAUUGUGAAAGCAUGUGAUGGCUCAGGCUGAAGAACUGGGGUAUUGUUUUAAGUCCCUACUUUUAUCUUGGUGCCUGACUGGGUGGGGACUGUCAUAUUGUAACCCCUGUGAAAAACCUUGAAAUAUAACCACUCCAUGCAGGCCCAGCUGUUGAGGGUUUUCUUGGUGAAUGAAUGGGGUAGCUUGCAUGGUUAAGUAGGAGCCGUGGGCUUUGGAAAUUACCUAAAAUGCUGAAUGACUUGCUCCUUUUAUGCUUUAAGUGAUGCUAACCACUUAGAGCACCAACCUAAAACCUGCAUAAACAGGUCUAUCUUUAUAAAGGAUUGCACUAGGACAGACCUUAAAAAAAAUCCAUCCUUAUUAAACAGGAGAGUGAUGUCUGGACAAGGGUGUAGGUAUUCCCAGGAAGGUGAAUCCCAGUGAGACAAAUUCUGCUGCUUCCAUGAGUAUGCGUGUGCACCCUUCCAGUGGGAAGUGCUUGCUUACACUUUGCAGACAUGUCUUAGAAAACUGUAAUCCCCAUUCUUUUGGACCAAGGGCACAGCCAGCUUGCUAUAGGUAUUAUUAAGAUCACUCUGCAAUGCAGGCUCAAGGGCUACAGAAAAAGAUGGGAGUGGUAAAACAGAAGAAAACAUCUUCACUGGAAUAAACACUUAUAUUAAAAACCCAAGCAGGGUCUUUAUCCUUUUGAGGGAUAAAAGGUGCAAAAAUAACAGCAAGACACCAGAAUAAAACCCACAUGAAAUCACUGUGGCAUCCAGUUUCUAUUCACAAAGAAAAAGCUCCAGUCCAUCUUUUAAUUUUUUUGAAAAAUUCCUGACAUUACAGAACUAAACUGAAAUGUAUUAAUAUUCCACUCUUACAUUUCCAUGACAAACAAAAAAAAAAUUCAUGAGCCAAAAAAAAAAAAAAAAAA